AAAAAUUUUUCUAAGAAAUACUAGCAAAAAAAUAAUUAGGCAAAGACUAACUUUCUCCAGCUUCGCAACUUCAAAUCCCACAAGAAUUUCCGCAGAUACAUUUUGAAAAAGAGACAGUCUUUAGAAAUGGGGAUGGGCGCUAACGUUCGCAGGGAGGUGCUGCUGCAAUUUUUGUUAACUCUUUGGAUUUGGGGAACUGUUCGAGUAAGUGAGGGAAUAUGGUUAAAUCUGCCGGCAACGGGGACAAAGUGCGUUUCCGAGGAACUCCACUCCAAUGUUGUCGUAUUAGCUGAUUACGUUGUCGUUUCCGAGGAGAACUAUCACCUUCCAACCAUCUCUAUCAAGGUGACAUCACCAUACGGGAACAAUCUUCAUCAUAAGGAAAAUGUGACACAUGGUCAAUUUGCAUUCACAACUGAAGAGGCUGGCAACCAUCUGGUGUGUUUCUGGGUGGAGGGCCAUAAUGAAGGAGAUGCAGAUGUAAGUCUCAACCUUGACUGGAAAACUGGUAUAGCAGCUAAGGAUUGGGAGUCGGUUGCAAGUAUAGAAAGGAUUGAGGGUGUUGAACUUGAGCUGAGAAAACUUGAAGGAGCAGUGGAUGCCAUCCAUGAGAAUCUACUGCAUCUCAAAAUCAGAGAAGCAGAGUUGAGAAAUGCAAGUGAGACGACAAAUACUAGAGUAGCAUGGUUUAGUAUCAUGUCCUUGGGACUAUGCAUUUUGGUCUCGGUUCUGCAGUUAUGGCAUUUGAAGAGUUUCUUCCAAAAGAAGAAGCUUAUCUAGAUAUUGCUAAUGAAAUAGGAAAGUCCCCUAUUCUUUUUGUUUUCA